AUGGGCAAUGACCCUUUAAUCCAAGUCCAGGUUGAUGAAUCUGAAGAUACCGAAUGGAAUGACAUCUUGAGAAAACAUGGUGUUAUUCCAGAAAGACCACCUUCUCCAACAGCUCAAAUAGAGGAAGCUUUGGCAGAAGCUUUAGAAAAACAACAUGAAAACAGACUAGAAGGUAAAGAUUUGUCGGAUCUUGAAGAAUUAGAAGAUGAUGAAGAUGAGGAUUUCUUAGAGUUCUAUAGACAAAAGAGACUAGCAGAAAUCGCAAAAUUACAGGAAAAAUCAAAAUUUGGAGACGUAUAUCAUAUUAAUAAGCCUGAAUAUAAUAAAGAAGUGACUGAAGCAAGUAAAGGUGAUGCUGCAAAACUUGAUUCUCAAAAGUCCUCCAGCUAUUUGGAUUCUAAUGAAAAAGAUAAUGUAGAAACAGAUUCUAAGGGUAUUUAUGUCUUUGUACAUUUAUCUUUACAAAGUAAAUUACAAAGUAGAAUAUUAACUCAUUUAUUUGAAUCUUCUGCUAAAAAAUAUCAAGAAAUCAAAUUUGUUGAGAUAAUAGGUACUAGAGCUAUUGAAAAUUAUCCAGAAGCAAAUUGUCCCACAAUUUUAGUAUAUUAUAAAGGUGAAGUUUUGAAAAAUAUGAUUACAUUAUUAGAAUUAGGUGGAAAUGAUACUAAUAUGAAAGAUUUUGAAAAACUAAUGGUUCAAGUAGGUGCUGUGGAUGAAGCGGAUAAAAGAUUGAUGAUAAAUACAGAUUCUGAUGAAUCACAAGAAGAAAGACAUUUAAAGUUUGCUAAUAAGAAAAGCAUCAGAUCUGGAAUCAAAGGAAAAUUCGAUUUAGGUGCUGGAUCUUAUGAGGAUGAUCAUGACGAUUUUUUUGAUUAA